AUGUCAACAGAUAAAAAGUCAACAUUAUCAACUCAUGUACUUGAUACACAAAAUGGUUUACCUGCUCAAGGUAUCUCUGUUACAUUAGAAAAACAAAUUAAAGGAGAAGAAUAUCAAAUCAUUACAACUCUUUUAACCAAUGCUGAUGGUAGAGGAAGAGAUUUCCCAGAGCUAGAGAAUGGACUUUAUAGAAUCACUUUUAAAACUGAGGAAUAUUUUGUUUCACAAAACAUUAAAGAAUAUUUCUUCCCAAAGGCUAGUAUUGAUUUUAUUGUCAAUUCAACUAGACAUUAUCAUGUACCAUUAUUACUUUCACCAUUUGGUUAUUCAACUUAUCGUGGUAGUUAA